AUGGGAAACAACAACGCAACCGCCAAUUUAACCGAAGAAGAAAGCCCAAAGCUAGAAACCAAUGGAAUAUCUCCGUUGGGGAAUGUUCCCGUGGAGACCACGCAAGAUCAGGUGUUUCUUGUAGGUGAAGGCAAAGAUGGAGAUAAACAGAGGGAGAGCUUCUCUGAUGGUACUCCUGAAACAGAACCACAAAGCAAGGAAUUAGAUAAAGAUCCACAAGUGACCAACGUUGAAGAAGAUAUGACUCACAAAGGCUUGGUAAUGGAAACCGAUGAGCAGCUACAUGAAAAUACAUCAGUUGCAAAAGGUGUUGAACCUCUUUGUGUAUCGACAAAAGUGGAAGAGUUAUCUAUUAUUGCAACUCAAAGCGUUGAGAAGAAAUUGAAUGCUGAAGAGUAUGUUAAUGAAGAUAAGCCCAUUGUAUGUGAUGAGAUUGUCUUUGUCUCUCCAGGGUUCAACGAAACUGCUGGAACUGAAGAAAAGCUGGUCAUGAAUGAGUCUCUAGAAGAAACUUCUCCUGCAGGGAACGGUGUAGAGCUUGAUCAAGCGAUCUGUAUGGAACAAAGAAAAGGGUUUCCUGAAAUCCAGCCCCAGGAGAUUCUGAAUCUGGAAAAUCGCGUUACUGAUGAUGAAGAUGAAGGAGAAGGCGACAAGGAGAUCUCUAAACGUGGAUUACAAGGAUCAAACACGACUGAAGAGAUCGGUUUUGAAGAUUAUAAGGAAGAGAGGGUCAUGGAGUUAGCAAGAGAAGCAAGUCUGAAACGCAUGUCUCGAUGCAGAUCGCUCCCAGUGAGCAACAGUAUUAGAGUUAAGGGAGAUUCGCCGGUUAAAGAAUUGGUUUCAGAGGUUACGUAUCCUUCAAGAAACAAAACGGGUUUCCUUAAAGCCAAAACGUCUGACAUACUGCCUGUUUCUUGCCAAACAAGCAAGGAAGUGCAAGAAACUACUGAAGCAAUAAAUGAAAGCAGCAAAGAAGCUAAACUUGAGAUGCGAUCUCUCAGCUUUAGUAAUGAUCUAAGAAUCCAUGAAAAGAGCGCUGAGCCGACAGAAGAAACUCUAUUACUCUCUCAAGAUAAGACUGAGACAUACAAGGCAACACUCGAUAAUGUGGAAGACAAAACUGUAAUGCUGAAGAGAAGUGAGACUGAGAAAAUAAGAGGCUUUGAGUUGUCUCUAGGGUUGUCGAUGAACCUAAGUGGAAGAUGUGACACAGAUGAGAGCUUCAAAGAAACCGAGGGCUCAGGAGAUAACUUGGAGGACAAGAAAGCUAACAGGUCUGAGACUCUCUUUGUUUCUUGUGUAGGAAGCAGCAAAGUGCAAGAAGCUACUGAAGUGAUAACUGAAAGCAACAAAGAAGAUCUACCUGAGACGCGAUCUCCUUGCUCUGGAAAUGGCCUAAGAACCAAAGAGAGAAGCGGUGAAUCGACAGAGCACAUUCCAUUACUCUGUCAAGACAAGACAGAGACAUACGAUGCAACAAUUGGUGUGGAAAAGAAAACUGUGAUGCUGAAGAGAAGUGAGUCUGAGAAAACAAGAGGCUUUGAGUUGUCUCUAGGGCUGUCGAUGAAACGUGAUGAGAGAUCUGAAGCAGAUGAUAGCCUAAAAGAAAACAAAGACUCAGGAGAAAACUUGCUGGACAAGAAAGCUUCUUGGAGUUCUAUGAAAGGCAGAGUCAGAAAAAGGAGCAAAUCUUCUCUCUUUGGAACAUGCCUCUGCUGCAACACUGCAAUGAAUUGAACAGAUUUUCAGGAAAGAGGAUUAUUGAUUUUGUGAUUUGAUGGUUUUUUCUAAAAUUAUAUGAGUGGGGAACAAAACAAAUGUGUGGAUUGGGUUUUCUGUAUACUUGAGAUGGGUUUUCUGUUUGAGGGGU